AUGCCUGUUCCCAGUUUCCUUUCCUCCAUCGCAGACAAGGCCACAAGCGCGAUUAACCAGACGCCGCUUGCAGGCCACAUUCCCGGUACAACUGCCCCUGACCAGCCUUCUGCAAACUCAGCAGCAUCUCAAGGCGGCCAUCGCUCCGUCACCAUCGAUGCUUUCCAGCAUCAGCUCCGCGCCCUCGGGCAGCAAUACUCUGGCGCGGGUCCCAUGCAACGCAUUAUCACUGUCGAGAAAGGCAUUGCCAUCGAUUUCGAUUGCGUAGCCAGAGACUCCAAGGCCCAGAGCAAAGAGUUGUAUACUUGGGGCCAAGGCGAAGAUGCUGACAUCAAGGAUGUCACCGACAGAUUGGCGUACCUCAACUUUAUUCAAGGAUCGCUUGCAUCCUCGCUCGCUGUAAAGCUUGACGCCUCCAGGGCAUCCAUCAAGGCGCUGCGUGAUGCUGAGAACGCCAUUGCUCCACGACGGAAUGCACGCGCAGGCUUGCAAACCCAGAUUGGGCGGAUCGAGCACGAUCAGCAAAAGGGGAUGGAGCAGAGGCUCUCCCAGCUCAGAAAGCAGUUGGCUCAAGCUGAGGAGGAAGACACGGGGGCAGAGAAGCAGAUCGAGCUUCUGAAGCGCAAAGCCGUACGAGAGAGUGAAGAGAUGAAGUGGGAUGCCAUCCGCGAGUACGGCGAGAAACUCAUCCUUCUUUCUCAUGCCUCGAAGAAGAUCAUCGGCGCUCUGCCGAGCAUCCCACCCUCCCAGUCUAGCCCCUAUCAAGGAGCUAACGAGACCGGGGCAGCGCGCGCAUCACUUCAGAGAGCGCUCGACAACUACAAGACGGGUCAUAUCAGCCUUCACGAAGAUAUUUCUGUGGCAGACCUCUCACGUUCGGAUACCCGGUCCUUUGGGGAGACUCAUGCUUCUGAGAUCGCAUCUAAUGAAGCGAUCGAGGCAAACCAUCCCGGCCUUUCAGUCACCCCUCCCCUUCCCUCACCGCCGCCCAGCAGCGACGCCGAGAAGCCGCGCUCGCCUGCGAGCUCACCGCCUGCGAGCUCACCACCGAUUGACCUACAUGCACUCAAUCAGUCUCCAGCUUCCAUCCCCACCGUCGCCCCGACUGCCUCUUCGCCUACUCCGAUCGACACUACCGCCGCGGCCGCGCAGACGAAGCUGCCUUCCUCCACGCCCACUAUUGCCGAAACUGGCGUGCCCGUAUCUGCGGGGUCCGACGGACCUGGGCCGGCCAGCGGAUCGUUGCACAAUGUCAAGGCAGCAGACCCGACCGCUGGCCCCCGCAGUGGCGGCUUGCCUGGCAGCACGCCGCCUUUGUCCUCAACCUUCGGACAGCCGCCCAACUCAUCGGGUGUAUCCCACGAAAGCGCCGAGGACGAGAAGAAGCGCCUGGAGAGGGAGGAGCGGGAACGUGUUCUGGCUGCAGCCGGCACCUCCUCGUCUCACCCCGGCCCGCUGACGCCUGCUUACGAGUCAGCGGAAGACGAGAAGAAGAGGCUUGAGCGUGAGGAGGUAGAGCACGUCCGUGCUACGGCUGGUCACAGUGCCGAUGCAGAUGGGCAGGAGGAAGGCAAGAGAGACGGCGAACAACUCCCUCCGUAUCAGGAUUUCCAAGGUUGA